AUGACGGACAUCGCGGACAUGGUGGAUUCGGCCGUGAUGGACGACCUGGAGGACAGGUUCCAGCUCGCGGCAGACUACCUGCCCUCGAUCGUGGAGCGGGUCCCUGACGCUCAGAAGCUCGAGAUGUACGGCUUCUACAAGCAGGCGAUGGAGGGACAGUGCGGGGCCCCGAAACCAGGGAUGUUCGACUUCAAGGGGAAGGCGAAGUGGGAAGCGUGGAGCAAGCUGGGCGACAUGGGGAAGUACGAGGCGAUGUUGGGCUACGUCGAGACCCUCACCAGCAUAGAACCGCACUGGGAGGCCAACAUUGAGGAAGCUCAAGGGAAGCCGAAGAAGGCCUACGGACCCGUAUUUAGUAGUCUUAUAGCUCACGACGACGACGACGACGACGAGCCUCCGGAGGGGUCGACGCCGCUCCACAACGCCGUGCGCACCGGCGACCUAGCUGCGGUGCAGCGGGAACUCCAGCGCGACCCGCAACAGGCGAGCGCUGCGGACGUCGAGGGGUACACUCCGCUGCACCUCGCGGCGGACAGCGGCGCGGAGGACGUCGUGCGUGCGCUGCUGGCCAGCGGUGCUGACGCCAAUGCCCGGGACGCCGAAGGGCAGACCCCGCUGCACUGCGCGGUGCUGGGCGAGCACGAGGGCGUGACGCGCGCGCUGCUGGACUGCGGAGGCGACGCCGGCGCCCCGGACAACGCCGGCGAGACGCCAGCGGCCGGCGCGCCCGCGGCUUGGGCGAGCUGGCUUGCGUCGGGUGCCUGA